AGGAAGUAUUCCUGUGAACUCACAAUCGACACAAACACAGCACACAGAAAACUCAAACUGUCUGACAACAACAGGAUGUUGACACGGGUAGAGGAGGGGGAUCAGCCAUAUCCUGAUCAUCCAGAGAGGUUUGACUUCUGGCCUCAGCUGCUGUGUAGAGAUGGUCUGACUGGUCGCUGUUACUGGGAGGUUGAGAGGAGAGGAGGAGUUGAUAUAUCAGUGACUUACAGAGGAAUCAGCAGGAGAGGAAACAGUAGAGACUGUGUGUUUGGGAUGAAUGAUCAGUCCUGGAGUCUGGAGUGCUCUGAACGUCGUUACUCUGUAAGUCACAAUAACAGAGAAACAAUCCUCCCUCUCUCCUCUUCUGUUUCUGGUAGGUUAGCAGUGUAUGUGGACUGUCCUGCUGGCUCUCUGUCCUUCUACUCAGUCUCCUCUGACUCACUGAUCCACCUCUACACCUUCAACACCACAUUCACUCAGCCUCUUUAUCCUGGGUUUGGGAUCUUUUCUUCUGGUGGCUCAAUGUCUCUGUGUCCUGUCGGGAAGGUUUAGGUUUAGGGUUCAGGUCCAGGUCUUCUGGUUCCUCAGUGUCUGUGUCCUGUCGGUAAGGUUUAGAUUUAGGGUUCAGGUACAGGUCUUUUGGUUCCUCAGUGUCUCUGUGUCCUGUGGGUAAGGUUUAGGGUUCAAGUCCAGGUCUUCUGGUCCCUCAGUGUCUCUGUGUCCUGUGGGUAAGGUUUAGGGUUCAAGUCCAGGUCUUCUGGUCCCUCAGUGUCUCUGUGUCCUGUGGGUAAGGUUUAGGGUUCAAGUCCAGGUCUUCUGGUCCCUCAGUGUCUCUGUGUCCUGUGUAGGGCGGAGAGUCUACUCCGGUCAGAGAAACCUUCUCACUGCUGAUCAGUUGAGUCUGUACAGGAUCACACUUUCAGCAGUCUUUCAGGUUAUUGUAAAAAAAAGAAUGAUCUAUUUACAAAAUAAUUCAGAAUGAUUGAACAGAUUCCUCGUUUACUUUGUAAACUUCUUUUAAGUCAAGUUCUAUUUGGUGGAAGCUGUGAUCAUGAAAUUGUGGAAAUAUCAUUUACUUUUCAUGUUUUGUUUUCUCUUUGGUCUCUUUUCACAAUAAAAGCAUGACGUUACUG